AUGGCGAUCGCACGUCCGAUUCGCAUGCUGGGCGCAGCAUGCAUUCUCUUGACUCUUUUCCUGGUCUUUCAGAUGAACCAGGGUGCUGAAAAGCAGACCUCCAAGCUGGUCCAUGGCAUGACUCGAGACCCUCUAUUAGAUCCCACGGGAGAACCAGAAGGGAAUCUAUGGCGAGCCGAAGAUCACGACUAUAAGCCGGAGAGCGAAAAUUCGGCCCGCACCAAUGCCGCCCUCAUCUCCCUCGUUCGCAACGAGGAACUGCACCAGUUGCUUAGCACCAUGGCUGAUCUCGAACGCACAUGGAACAACAAGUUCAACUACCCCUACAUCUUCUUCAAUGACAAGCCAUUCACCGAGGAGUUCAAACAGAAGACUCAGGCCGUCACCAAGGCCAAGAUUCAGUAUGAGCUAGUACCCAAGGAGCACUGGGAUGUCCCUGAUUGGAUCAGCAUGGACCUCUUCCGUGAGUCCGCUCAGAUUUUGGAGGAAGAAAACAUCCAGUACGCCUCGAAGAUAUCCUACCAUCAGAUGUGCCGUUGGAACAGCGGGAUGUUCUAUAAGCACCCUGCCCUGGAGAAGUACCGUUACUACUGGCGCAUUGAGCCCAAUGUUCAAUUCUUCUGCAAUGUCGACUACGAUGUGUUCCGCUAUAUGGAGGACAACAAUAAAACCUACGGCUUCACCAUUAACCUCUACGAUGCCCCGCAAACAAUCAAGACUCUCUGGCCGGAGACCCGCAAGUUCCUGGCCGCGAAUCCCUCCUACCUGAGUGAUAAUAACAUGUGGGAGUGGAUUGUGGAUGACCAGGUCCGUCCCGAGCAUACCUCGGGUGCUAGCGGAUACUCCACCUGCCACUUCUGGUCCAACUUCGAGAUCGGUGACCUUGAUUUCUUCCGUGGCGACAAGUACGAGGCUUAUUUCCAACAUUUGGAUCGUGCCGGUGGUUUCUUCUAUGAGCGCUGGGGUGAUGCACCUGUGCAUUCUCUUGGUAUCGGUUUGUUCGCGGAUGCCGCCAAUGUGCACUGGUUCCGCGACAUUGGGUACAAUCAUAUCCCCUACUUCAACUGUCCCAAUUCACCCAAGUGUUCCGGCUGCACACCCGGUCAGUUCUAUUCUGGCGCCCCCUUCCUUGCCAAGGAAGAUUGCCGCCCGACAUACUUCAAAUAUGUCGGUACACACUAA